CAAUGAAAUUGUUUCUGCUGAAAGAGGAACAGACGAUUACGUCUGGCAGGUGUUUAUCUCGUCCUUACAGAGACUCUUUGGUGGAGAGGACACUCUCGCGAGAACUGUCGCCUCGUCCCGGGAUGAUGGCUGGAGACCGCUGAUAUUAGAGGAUCAUUUGAAAACAACCUGUAAGGGGAGGAAAAGCUGUUUUUCACAUCAGACUAAAACAAUAUUGAGGGAGCAGAGAUGACCCAGGUCACCAACCAUGGGAAGCUUCUCCUGCAGCGACUACAUCAGCAGCGGGAGAUGGAUUUCCUGUGUGACAUCACCAUUAUGGUCAGAGACGUGGAGUUCAGGGCCCACCGCAACAUUCUGGCCGCUUUCAGCAAGUAUUUCUACUCCCAAGCCAAGAAGGGUCAGGAGGUAGCAACUCUGGACCCUGACAAGGUCAGUCGCUAUGCUCUGGAAAAGCUGCUGGAGUUCAUGUACACUGGACAGAUGAACGUCAGCAGCACCAGACAAGCAGCUGUGCGUCAAGCAGCUGUGUUUCUAGGAAUGUCUGAAGCCACCAUGUAUCUGGAGGAAGUCCAUCAAACGUCAGAACCAAACAAAACGUCUCAGUCGGACCCGGUGUCCCCUAACAGCCCAAGUUCUCCACUCCCCUUGUCCAUUGAAUCCAUUGCAGAGGAAUCGAUUGGGGAUAAACAGGAGACUAAGGACCAGGAAGUUGAGCAGAAGGAGGAAGCUGGAGGUGUGGACGAAGAAGGAGAUGGAAGUGAUGAAGAGUACACACCAACAACUGCUUCGGGCGCUACACAGGGUCUGGGAAGGAAGAGAGGGCGCCCCAAGAGCAUCGGUGUUGGUGAAGAGGUGGGGGCUAGCAGCUCAGGGGAAGGCACCCCUAAAACUCAGGGAUACAGAGGGAGGGGACGAGGGAGAGGAAGGGGACGAGGACGAGGAAGAAGAGAAUUUAAGACUGAAGAUGCGGCUGAGGAUUCAGACACCAGUGUGAAGGACUUUGGUGACACCUCUGCUGACUGGAGUCCCUCCCAGGAAGAUGACCCCCUGACUAAAAAGCCAAGACUCAGCAGUGGUGAAAGGCGUGGCAGAGGCCGGGGCAGGGGCAAGGGUCGGGGUCGUGGUAGAAGGCGGGGCAGAGGCAGGAGGAUCGUAGAGGAGGCAGAGGAGAGCAGCGGCUCAUUAGGAGCUGAUGAUGGGGACGACGAAAUACAGGAGGAAGGAGGAGAGGGAAGUGAAAAGGAUCCUACGGUGGUGGAUGAGCUGUCGCUCUACUGCACCGAGUGCAAAAAAAUGUUCAAAGACGGCAGCAGCCUAAGACGCCAUGAAAAAAUCCACAAAGGACUGAAGCCUUUUGUCUGCAUCUUCUGCUCUAAAACGUUCAGACAAGCCACACAGCUGAAAACACACCUGCGCAUACACACAGGCGAGAAACCGUUUGGUUGCAGUGACUGUGACAAGUGCUUUGCUCAGAAGUGCCAAUUGGUGGCUCACCGCCGUAUGCACCACGGCGAGGAGAAACCCUACACCUGUGAGCGCUGUGGCUUCAAAUUUGCAACCUCGUCCAAUUACAAAAUACACAUCAGAUUGCACAGUGGGGAGAAACCAUAUGUGUGUGACAUCUGUGGUCAGGCAUUCGCUCAGUCCAGCACACUGACCUAUCACAAACGUCGACACACUGGAGAGAAACCGUACCAGUGUGAUCUCUGUGGAAUGUCCUUCUCUGUUUCCUCCUCUCUCAUCGCACACUCUAGGAAACACACAGGUGAAACUCCGUACAAAUGCACAACGCCCAAAUGUGACGCCAAAUUUGUGACAUCAUCGGAGCUGAAAAAACACAUCAGACGACUUCAUCCAGAGGGGAACAGCGGCGUCCAGUGUUUGCUGUGUGGCAACAGAUUUGCCAGUGUUAAGAACAUGAUCAAACACCAGGAAAAAGCUCACGCUGAUGAAGUGAGGCAACACAAGGAGAGGGCAAGAGCAGUGGUUCUCCUGGCCUCCAGUCACCCCGUGGCCUUCGUCCAGAGCAAACUAUCCCAGGACAACAAGGCCCUGGUCUCCAUCCCUGAGGGUGAGCCUGUGAACCCAGAACCUGCCACACCCAUCUCCAAAGCCCCGUCCACAUCCGAUGACACCAUCACAUCUGCAGCUGCUGCAGCAUCUAUAGACACCACUGCCAUCAUCCAGAGCUUCAAACCAGAGCCCUCCGAUCCGGCGGUCAGCAGCUCUUCCCAACAAGUGCCCUACGACCCAGACCAGGAGCAGACCAUCAACUCGGAGACACUCCACGCUCUGGUGGAGCAGCUGCGGCCACCACCGUCCCCGGCCCAGAGCCUGGAGCAGAUUGUCAUCAUCAGGACGGUGGACACAGCUGAGAACAACGCCGCUCAGCAGUGAUCGGGUUUUAAAAGCAGUUGGAACUGAAGCUAAAUGGGACAAUUCAAGACUUGUGGUGGACCUCCUCUGUUAGCAGUCUUAAUAGUCUUUAAAGGGAGAGUCUGUCUUUUUUUGGUUUUUUUGUAUGUGUGUAAGUGUAUGAGGAACUGACACAGAGAUGGUCCAGAUGUUACCAAGAGCCCAGACCAAGGAGCACCAAGAAAACACGAUAUUCUUCAUGGAUUCUUCAUUGACUGAUAACAUCACUGUUACUAAAAUCUGUUAUUAUGAGGAACGUUAUCACGCAAACUUCAUUUCACUGACGUAUUCAGGCAAGAAAAAAGUCUGUAGGAACAAAAUGCUGAUCACAGGGCAACUGUUGCUGUCCGUGUCCCUGUGCUAGAAUCACUCUCUGGACUUUUGGUGCAGGAGGAACAGCAGCUUACAGACUCAAGUUCCAACGACAAACAAAGUCCGUAAACUGCUAAGAUUAAUAUUAUGUAUUAAAGGUCUGAUCUGUGGGGUGGGGCUUUCAUCUAACGGAAUUUAAAGGUGAAAGAUUCUAAAUAUUAGUGUUUUGUUUAUUAAACCCUUAUUGAUUUCUUUUGUUUGUUAAAGUGAUAUUUUUUUUCAUGAAACAUCCGGUAUCAGCCACAAACCAGCUAAAACUAAAAAUCGUUUAGAGGAAAUAAUGAAACGGCUUGUGCUUGAUUGUCACUAGAUUCCGUUCUGGAUUUAGUUUCUUUGUAAUGUUUUCUUUAUCGCAGAAACUUCCCCUGUAUGUGUUUGACGUGAUUGAGACUUUGAUUGAGUUUUAGUUUUACUGUGACACAGUUCAUAGCUAUGUUUUUUAUUGUUGCCGAAAUCAUGAAACGCAUUACAUUACAUUGACUGUUCCCGUUCUCAUGAAAUUUAUGUCCUUCACUAUAUUUUUAAUUUUGUUAGUUGUGGUCAGUUGCGUGUUGUCAGUUUCAUAGGUGACAAACUCACUUCUGUAUGGAAACUACAAGAAAAUAAAACCAAAAAUAACA